AUGGAGUCGGAUAAAGAGAAUAUAAACAGAGUGAAGGGGACAACAAGAAUCCCGUUACCUGUCCAACCUUUGCCAGCCUUACCCAAACAUUUGGUGGAGAGCAACAAACGUAUGAACAAGGACAUCAACGAAAGAUAUCCAUUGAAAACGUUGAAUACACAAGCAUUGGCUUUACCCGGGCCAAGCCGGAGGUUCGUUACUGACAGACCUAGAAUCCCAAUGUUUGAUCAUAAACACGUCACUUUAAGGCAGAGAGUAGAAGAACUGGACUGGGAGUAUAAAGUGUUUAAAGACGACCGAGCUGAUGAUGACCAGGUUAUCUUGAUUAGUGAUGAUGAAGACGUUAGCAGGGGAGAUGAGUUUAAGUAUUUUAUUGAGAAUAAGGACAGAAAUUGCCUGGGUGAGGCCAGGGCUGCUGUGACGCCUGCUGUGAAGUCACCCUCUUUGGAGCCUAAUAGGGUUAGGAAUAUAAAAAGAAGUCUAAAGAGGCCACAUAGCAGGGAGUUGCAGGGCCUGUCUCCAGUGUGUAAGGAACAAAAGAAAGUAGAUGAGAAGGUCAGACGUCGGCUACAAUUCCAUGAGCCGCUGCAGGAACGGCUGUCUUCACCAGAUUUCUUGAAAAAGUCGUACAUGACCUCAUUAUGUCGGGACUAUGCCAACGACAUGUUCUUGUACUUGCUGGAGGCGGAGAAGAAGUGUGCUCCACCCAGGAUAUCCAGCGUCAUGAGGGCUUGUGUCAUCAACUGGCUGAUGAAGGUCAAUGGUCCCGACGGAAACCCAGCAAUCAUUCAAACCGCAGCUUGGUACUUGGAUUCAGUCUUGCACGCUGGCCAAGUCCAAGUAGACAAGCUCCAGCUGAUCGCAGCUGCGUGCUACUGGAUAGCACACAAGCUGCACGGCUCAGGAUUGUCAGCUAGCAGACUCGUCAGAUACUCCAACCAAGCGUUCUCUCCUGAGAGGCUUCUAGCAGCUGAGAAAGCUAUUCUGGAGAGGCUGAAAUUCCCUGCCCAACCAGUGGUACCGCAAGAAUUCAUCACCUACCUCGCCUGGUGGUGUGACAACGGCCACCCCGGUGAGAUCGAGGUAGCUGCCACCUUCAUCUGCAUGUCAGGGACCAUGGUGGACAAGAGUCUUUGCACUGAAUGCCCUUCUGUCAUCGGAGCUGCGGCUGUCAGGAACGCCCUUCUUCUUCUGAGGAAGAGGGAUCUGAUGAUCAAUCUGCAGAUGUGUCCUGUUUUCAGAGCAGCCGAGAAGAAAGCAACCAACAUCUCAUACACCAGCUCCAUACUACGCCGAGCGGUGCGCACAGUGGCGUCACCUACUUACGAGUACCGAACCCCGUUUGAACACUACGGAACCCCGCCUCACUACAUCGCGCAAAGGGUUAUCAACGCGGCCAACGAACUGUCAGUCAUGGAUGCUAGGAAUACCUGUAGACAGAACGUAUUUUAAAGAUUUUAAACCAUAUACUGUUGGAAUUACAGCUUAGAACUACUUGCACUGUCUAGGAGUAGCCUAACCCUAUUAGAUCGUCCUCUGCAUAGAUGCCAAUUUGUAUUCAGUUAUGUGUUUAAUUAUUUGGCUCGUGUUCUGAAACAAGACUCAUGUUGAAAUCUUCACUCAAGAAAUAAUAGAAAAUAAAUAAAAAAAUAAUUUAAAAUCGAGAUUUGGUUUAGAGUCGAUUCAGAAUACUGGCACAGUAAUAAUCGUAUAUUUUGUAAAUAGGGGCUAGAUUUCACUCGAGUGUGGUGCAGAUGCAAUCAAUGGUAGAGCGAGCAUUCGCAGAAUGUGACUCUUACUCGUAUUCAUUAUGAGCUAGAAGCUAAUCCUUUAACUGAGCAAGUAGACCUUACACUCAAAAGUCAUAAUAUUCACAAAUCUGAGUCAUUAUUUAUUUAGCACUUUGACCUAAUUUAUUUUUAGUAACAUUUGACAUUUUAGAAGAAUGGAUGAAUGUAGUUUAAUUUAUUGACUCAUAUUUAUGACAUUUUGUAACUGUGACUUGAAGCUGUUGAUGUUAUGUAGCGAUUCACUAAUAAACAAGUAA